GGGUCCAGUCGAGCCGAACCAGUGACCACAAUAGGUCGGCUUUGAAUCACCUUAGAUUCCCGGAAUCUAAAGCGAAAGUGAUCUCCCAGAGUUUGAUUAGUGGAUUAUGUUGAUUGGUGAAAACAGAUCGAGUAAGAGAUAGAGCGAUAUAGAAAGAGAGUUUCCAUGAUGAAGCGACCGGUAUCAGUGGCACUGCCCUUGCUGGCCACGCUGCUACUGCUACUAGCACACGGUGGAGUGGCGCAGGAGAAUGUACUUACCCGUGUGGCGCCCUCCAUGCUGGAGUGCUACGAGAAUCCCGCCCUCUUCGAGCGGGACAAUCGGCUACCCAUGACGAUGAACAUGCUGAUCGAGUUGAUCCGUAAGGUGGAGGAUACGCCCGGGUUCCAGCAGGAUAUUCGGCAGCUCGCGAUCGCCCUGCUGCAUCGCUUCCGCCAAGAUGGAAUCGUGAGAGCACCGGGUGUACCGAACAUUUCCGGUGUACUCCCGUUCAGUCCAACCGAGUUCCAGUUCACGAAGCAUCGUGUCCUAUUCUCACGCCUACUGCCCGGUAAUGCCGUCAACUUCCCUAACGCAACGCUCGGUCCCGAGGAGCGGUGUGCCCUUCACUUUAUGCUGUCCAAUUCGAUCGAUCGGCGCGUACGGGGUGACGAGAACAUUCGCUGCUCGCAGCUCUCCCAGUACCGGGCAGCUCGAGUUCCCCGGGAGCUCGGGGACGAGAAACCGGUGAGCCGGUUCCGUUCGAACUAUCUGGGCGACAGUGAGAUGCUGGCUCAGCCCGAGAUGGAUCGUAUUCGGCAGCAGAUCAAGAAGCUACGAAAGCAAGCGGCUCGCCUCGAGAUGGAUCCGGAUGAGGAGCUGCACGAGGGAGCUGAGGAUGAAGAGGCGACCGAACCGGAAGAGGAAGCAGUCGCACCCGUUGAAGCGGCGGCCGAAGACGGUGAAGGAGGGGAAGGUGAACCGCUGGAGGAAGAUGGUGGCGGGGAAGCUGAAGCGGGACAGAUUAGUGAUGUUUCGCUGGUGGAUAUUGCCUCGAACGCGAUCAGUCAGUGCCCGGUGGAGAACGGUGUCGUCCAUACGACCUGGGGAUCCGUGAUGGCGGGCACGCUGCUGGCCGGUAUUGCGGCAGGACUUGAGCCACAGACGGUGCAGCUGCGUGAUUUGAUGACCCGGUCCGGCGAGUACCGUAGCCGUCAGCAGGCACAACCGCUGCGUGUGGACAACCGUUGGGCUGCAACGUUGUCGGGUGAUUUGGCCGAGGUUGCGCUGCUCCAUGUACCGGGUGAACUGAACAAUGUGCGUGUCGGAGCACCGGGAGCCUGGAACCACUCGGUGGCGACUCGUUGGUACUUCCUGAGCCAGCGGGAACAUCUGCAGAUGACGGACACGGAGAUCCGGGCCGGUAUCGAUGGACUGCUGCUCGCUACGAAUAUUGCCGAGUGGCGCACCCGGGCGAAUGGGCUACGGUUAAGUCAGGUUCUCGACAUGUACUACUCGCAGCGAGGUGUGUUCAAUGAUACGGUACGAUCGUGCAAUCGACGUGACCUGUACACGACGGUAGCCCCUAUGGAGCAGUUGCGGGAUCAGACCGUAGCCUUCAGUACUGUGCUGGAGAGGGAGAUGCAGAUGGCGUUCACCAUGCAGCAGCCAGCGAUUGAGAUGUUCUCUCGUCAGGCCACCGAAGCGUUGGCCAACUAUAUACCGACGGCUUUGAAUGAUCUGACCUGUGAGGCUACUGCCAUCGUAUCGAACGAUCCAACGGUCUGGAGAACGGCAUCCGAUCUCUACAUCUUCAUUGACGCAUCGUGGACCUACCGGGAUGUGUACUCGGUCGUGACUCACAUUCUGGAUUCGGUCGAUGUUGGACGCUUCGGUUCGACCUACACAAUUCUGAACGCUCGAGAUGGCAGUGUCGUGGUAAACACGACGCGUUCUUUGGCCGACUUCCACAUGAUCUAUACUCCACAGGAACACGAGAGAUUGCCGGGAGGAUUCAAUCUGCCGAACGUGUUCCGCCAGCUGCGCAACGAAACCAACAACCUGAUGAGCGAGGAACGGCGCACCAACAAUCUGAGCGGUCGGUCCAAGAUUGCUCUCAUCAUCGUUAAUCUGGAUCGGGUUAGUGAGGGUGAUACGAAUUUCGCCAUCCAGCAUCUACAGAUCUUCCGCGAGGAGGUACCGGAUCUGCGUUUCAUCUACCUGGCCAACGGUGAUGCGGGACGGUUCAAUCGGUUUGUGCGUGACGAACGGCGCGAUGUGUUCCCAUUGCGGGCACUAGAGUCGGGCGGUGUGGUGGAUACGAUCCGUGUGCAGCUGAGUCCGGUCAUUCAUCGGUUGCAGCAGGAACCGAGGCGUGUGGUGAAUCCACGCUGUGGAAACAAUUGGGUGCAGGAGAACUGGGGCUCGAACUCGAUGAACCAGUUCGUGGAACCACGGGGCAUCAACUUCUACCGGUUGCAUCCGAACUACUUCUUCCUGGAGGGCAACAAUCGGCGCCUGCGUAUUCAGGGCCAUGGGUUCGCGCAUCUGACGGUGUGUCAUUCUCGUUGGGUAGAGCGACCAAGACAAAACACCACGGAGAACCGCGAUUCGAUCGUAUGCCGGACCAUCAACUCUGACGCGGCCGAUAUUGACCUAUCGCGAGCUUGCGAGGGCCACUCGGUCAUACAUAGCUGCCCACCGUUGUUCGUGUCUGUCGAGGGACCACAGGUUGCACCGAGCGUGAUUCGUUGCUCGGAACCGGAGUGUCGCUUCCCCGAUAAUGCUCGGUUUGCCAUCAUCUUGGAUAACAUGGGAUGCUUCAGUGGAGCCAGCAGAACCGUCAGCUCGUUGCUGAUGGCGGCGCUGGCCGCGAUGUUGCUGGUACUCUUCAAAUAACUCCUGGUGUCCUGGAACGACCUCCGUCGAAAGACGUGCCGUGUGUAGUAUUAGCCAGUAAAAGUAAGAUUAAGAACCGAGUAGUCACCAGAGAAUCACCUUAUCGCCAGCUCAUUUCCAGUCUACCAUAACAAUAAAUGACAACAAAACCCUCCCUCUCCCAGUGCUACGCACCUAGCUUUAGCAAUGUCGACAAACUAUGGGUAGUUCAAUAAAGUUUCGAAAUGACUCCUGA